AUGAUUAUACAUGUAUUUUUAGAUAUGGCUUUAGUAAAUGGUACUGUUCCGGUUAAAAUGGUGCGCAUUCAAUCAUCAGAUAAACCAAAACCAAUUUCACAUAAUACUGAUGUUACAGUUGGACUUUUAGAGGAUCGUGACGAUAAUAUUGUAUAUCUUCGCAUUACUGUUAAUCAAAAAUCGAUUCUCUCUGAAGAACUUGAUCAUUACAAAUGGAUCGAAAAUUCUUCUACGGACGGAGUUGCAGCACUCGAUUCAUCAUCAACUAAAAUUAUUAUUAUUUAUAAUGCAACGGACAAACAAUCACGUGAUCUUUUUGCCAAUAUGAAACGACUUCUUGAAAGAGAAUCACCGAUUAGACCAAUUUCAAGACCCGUAGAUGAUUUUAAACUACCAACUGAACCUGUUCCACGACCCAUAGAUCCGAUUAUGCCACCAGAAAAGGCUGUCAAUGAUCUGAUAAACUACGUUGAAUCCGGUGCAGAAAAUGAUACUGAAGAUCCUGCAAGAUAUUUAGCAAAAAAUCGAACAAAUAUUCAAUUUAAUCUAAAGGAUCCUAACGAUAAUAAAAAAAAAGCUGCAGUUAAAAAAUUCGAAACUCAAGAAUCAUCCAAUAUUCUUAAAUUAAAACUGCAAAUUGAAUGUCAUUUAGAUCGAAAUCCUUUAAUUUUACAACUCGAUGUACGUUCUGGUACUAAUCUUCGAACAUUAAAAGAUCAAAUUGAAAACAAAACAGGCAUCAAGUAUAAAGAUCAAUAUUGGUAUGCAUUUGAACGAUAUAUGAUUAGUGAUGAUUAUGUAUUUGGAUCUACACAAUUAGUAGUUCCACCUCCUCCAAGAAAUGCUCCGAGUAAACGAACAGUGCAGCCAACAGAACCUAUUCGAACUGGUGAUACUCUUAUCAUGUAUAUAGCUCAACUUCGUCCAUAUGAAAACUGA